AAUGGAUGCCCCACUACCAAAAUGCUAUACUCUUAAAGCCCUAAAAGGGAGAGAAGGGUCUCUAUUGGAGGUAGCGCGAUUAGAUCAUCGCAGGGAUUUCUCUCUUCUUUGUCUCACAUUUCUUAGCGAAGAUCCAAUCCAAAUGGCGGCUGCUGCCACUGCCGCCGUCGCCGCCGCUGCCACUGGCCGCGAGAAUCGCCGCGACCCGCAUUUCGGAUGCGGCCCAAGAUCCCCCGCUUUGAUCCAGCGCCAGCGCUACAUCCACUGCCGAUCGACGAGCGACGCGGGAUCCAACUCCUCCUCCAGCGAUGGCGCGCGAUCAGGCUCGCGAUUCCGGGGCCCCGUGUCUCUCUUCACGUUCCGGGAGGAGCCCUACGUGGAGAGCGGAGGAGGCGGCGGCGCCGGCCAGAAUGGGCGGCGAGGUGGCGGCGGCGGCGGCGGCGGUGGCGGACCAUCGCCGCCGGGGCGCCGCCGCGGUGGAAUAUUCGGCGCGUUCUUGCAGGGGUGGGAGGAUCGCGUGACGGCCGAUCCUCAGUUCCCGUUCAAGGUGGCGAUGGAGGAGAUCGUCGGCGUGGGCGCGAAUGUGCUCGGGGACAUGGCUUCCAGGCCGAAUUUCGGGCUCAACGAGCUGGAUUUCGUGUUCUCGACCAUGGUGGUGGGAUCGCUGCUGAAUUUCACGCUCAUGUAUCUCCUCGCGCCGACUGGAUCGAGCAGCGGCGGCGGCGCUCUGCCAGGGAUCUUCUCCUCGUGCCCUCCCGGGCAUAUGUUCGAGUCGGGCAAUUUCUCGCUCGCCGCCAGGGCUGGGACGUUCCUCUACAAAGGCGCGGUGUUUGCCGCGGUGGGAUUCGCGGCGGGGCUGGUUGGAACCGCGCUGUCGUCGCUGCUGCUCGCCGCGAGGAAGAGGAUGGAUCCGAGCUUCCAGCCCCAGAACAAGGCGCCGCCGACGGUGCUCAACGCCGCGACGUGGGCGGCACACAUGGGAUUGAGCAGCAAUCUCAGGUACCAGGCCGUGAAUGGAUUGGAAUUCGGCCUCGCGGGGAUGCUACCCCCGGUGCUGUUCAAGGCAUCGGUGCUCGCGACCAGGACUGUGAAUAAUCUCCUCGGGGGAUACACGUUUGUGGCGCUCGCGCGGCUCACUGGAUCGCAGAAAUCCGGCGCUCCCGCCGACCAGAUGGAGGAGAUCAAGAGCCACGAGCAGUGAGAGCGCGAGAUCGUGGAGUGGAGCUGUGUAGAUAGAUGAUAGAUCAAUGCCAGUUUUUGUUUGAUC